AAGGAUGGUCCAUCUAAUGCAAGAUGUUGGCUGCUGGUUCCUGCUUGGCUAUCUCCUCCCUCUCUCAGUUCUGGGUUCCCAGGAUCAUGGGAAGGUGAUCCAUAUCAACAAAGUCAGCCAUCAGCCAGUGCGGGUCGGGCUGGCAGAACCGGUGUCCCUGCCUUGCCUGUUUCUCUUGCAAGGCUCCACCGCCCCCAACCCUAGUGAACUCUCUGAUCCCCCCCGUAUCAAGUGGAGCAAAGUACAGUCUGCCACCGGACAGCCAGAAGAUCUCUCUGUGCUGGUAGCCAAGGAUAACGUGGUAAAGAUCUCCAAAAGCUACGAGGGUAGAAUCGCCUUGCCCGGAUACCCCCACCACCGAGAAAACGCCACCCUCCUUUUUUUGUCCGCUCGGGCUAGCGAUGCGGGACUUUAUCGAUGUGAGAUUGUCACUGGGAUUCAUGAUGAGCAAGACGUGGUCCCUCUGGAAGUCACAGGUGUGGUUUUUCACUACCGAGCGGCUAGCAACCGCUACGCUUUGACUUUCUCAGAGGCGCAGAAGGCCUGCGAAGAGAACUCGGCUGUCGUUGCUUCUCCUGCUCAUCUUGAGGUGGCCUUUGAGGAUGGCUACGACAACUGCGAUGCUGGAUGGCUCUCCGACCACACUGUCAGGUAUCCCAUCACCCUGUCAAGACCUGGUUGCUAUGGAGAUCGCAACAGCCUCCCAGGAGUCCGCAGCUAUGGCAAGAGAGAUGUCAGCGAAGCAUAUGAUGUCUACUGUUACUCCAGAGAACUCCAAGGAAAAGUAUUUUAUGCAACCAGCCCCGGUCGUCUGACAUUUCAAAUGGCCCAGAAGCAUUGCCUGAGUCGAGGGGCUCAUCUAGCAACCACAGGGCAGUUAUACCUCGCCUGGCAGGAAGGGCUGGACCAGUGUGACCCAGGGUGGCUGGCUGACGGAAGUGUGCGCUAUCCAAUUCGAACCCCACGGAAGAAAUGUGGCGGAGAUGAACCUGGUGUAAGGACAACCUACCAAUUCUCAAACCGGACUGGCUUCCCGGAUCCGGCAUCCAAAUUCGAUGCUUACUGCUACAAAGCUUGGCAAAACCAUCAAAAAGUAUUAGGCACACCUGAUUCGGAUUUCCCUGACCCGGCCGGAAGGGGACCCAUGGACCAGUAUACGGAGGGAAGCCACGAAUCAGGAAUGGAGAACAUCUUGGUGGAGCACAAUCCUGACCUGUCCUAUUUGAGCCAGAAUGAGCUAUUCCCCAGGGAAAACCAGGAAGCUAUCAUGUCAGCAGAUUCCAAAGAAUCAGCCAAGGAUCUUUACGGCCCCUUACACAAAGUGGCAGUGCCAUUAUUGGAAGAAGACGAGCAGCUCCAGAUGGUAACGGCUUUCCCAGUUGGAAGAGAAAGCGUGGAAGAGAGGUCCACGGUACCCAAUGACUCUUUUCUAACUGGAGAAGUUCGAGGGGCUUCCACAGAACCCUCUGUAGAUGUUCUCCACCAUGGCAAACUCUUCACUGUCGUUGAUGAUGCUGAUAAGGUGAACGUCACUGAAGAGUCCCUGAGCGUGGUUUCAAUGUUGGGCAAGAUGUCUUUGGAGGGAGUUGCUGAAGAUGGCAUCUCGCCAGAAGCAGUUCCUCAUCUGGUCACUCCAACCUGGUUGCAGGGAAACACGGAGGGUUUAUUCCCACAGGAUACUGCUUCUCCACAACCAUCUCCAGUUCAAAUCCUAAAGGAGCACCCAACAAUUCCUUUCCUAAUUCCUUCCCCCGCUUCUCCAAAAGGCCACCUUGCUGCCAAUGGGGCAACACCAGCUUUGGCUGGCAUCCCUGAAUCGAAUCAGAAUGUUUACACGGGAUUGAACGGGCGGUACUUCCAGGAACAGUGGAAAGAUGAGCUGGCUGUCGAUGGGAACCCAGAGGGUAGCACCAUACUACCCACUACGUUGACCGUCUUGGCCUUGGCAGGGCAUGAAAUGGUAGACAAUGCCAUUGAGACGUCAGCUGGUAUGGUCCCAAGCCCUGCCUCUCCGCUUGGGGGAGAUAUAAGCUACUCGCUGUCCAACGAAGUUGACGGAAAGAGGUUACCGUUACUUGAGAAUCGAGGCGCCAAGGAAACCACCUUUUCUCCUGCAUCAACACCUCAUUCUUUGGAAAACACAAGUGCUGAAAGAACCAACCAAGGAUAUUGGACCAUUUCUGGGCCAAGCAACCAGGAGAAGGGCGUAUACACUGAGCACGUUCCCAUAUCAUUGCCGGUCUCGGCUAAUGUUCUACUUGAUCUGCAGAAAAUGGCUGUGACUACAGGAUAUGAUCCUGAAGUUGCUUCCAUGGGGACCAGCAUGCGAAGCAACUAUCUUCAAGGGAUGAGCCAAGGUGGAGACCAUGAUGAUGACUUUUCUGGCCAUGGACAGGUGGUUACCCCAGCAGAAUCCCUUCUGUCCUCUGACUACCAGAAGAACAAGCCACACCCUGAUGAGUCAAGUGGAGAAUAUGAUUACAGCUCCCGAGAAAGCCACGUCAAAACCGUGAGCUUUGGCGAAGAGCUUCCAGGACCUGUUUUUGAGGGCCACCAAAACUUCCCAGAAGAUGCUGAAAGAGAAAUGGAGCCAGAAACUCUGCAUUUUGUUAACCAAGAGGAGACAAUGAGCCUCCUCAAUAUCGCAGGAAAAGACGCCACCUUGAAACAGGGCCCCCAACCUUCAGAAGAAGCAUCUGAAUUGAGGGGACAAGAAGCUGUGACACUCUCCCCAAAAGACAUCAUCACCCCAACACCAGGAAAUGUGUAUUUGCAGGAAGCUCAGUUCUUCCCUGAGAAAGGGAAUCAAGAUAGUAUGGAGACCGCCAGAACAAACAAAGCAAUCCUGGGGCCUCCAGAUGGUUCCACUUUCACUGAAGUCCUAGAUCUUUCUGAGGCACAAAGUAGCUGGGAACAGGCUACUCAAAGCACGGAGAGCCACCUUGAAUCCAGCACGGUCGAGCAAAGUCAUCACGAAAGCUCGGAGGAAGACAAUGGUGACUACCAUUGGCCAGAUGGUGCCACUGCAGGACCUCCUGCUCACAAUCACACCGUCUUCUUUUCUUCUGCUCAAUCCCUUCCAGAUGAGGCCAAGGAUGGAGAGGAGACCACCGCCGUAAGUUUGCCUGAGGUGAGGACUCCAUUCAUACUCCACGGCACCUCGGAAUUUAUACACAUACCGCAGCCAGCUGUCUUUGAGAACUCACUUGUGGUUCCAAGCUCACAACUUUCCAUCUAUCCCACCGAGAGAGAAGUGGAAGCCAAGAUGGACCAGGAAGGGUACAUCCCUUCUGUCCCUGGAGACUUUCUCCCAAUGGAGACUGACAGUGGGAGCGGAGAAGAGAAAGAAGAUGCAUCAGCGCUCAAAGGAAUCCCCCGUCUGGUGUGGGCCCAGGAAAUGAAUGACAGCUUGCUUGCUGAAACUGACCCUUGCGAUAACGAUCCAUGUUUGCACGGGGGCACCUGCCAGUCGAGUGGAAACCUUUCCAGCUGCCACUGUCUGCCAGGAUUCACAGGCGAAAACUGUGAAAUAGAUAUUGAUGACUGCUUAUCCAACCCUUGUCAAAAUGGCGGGACCUGCAUUGACGAGAUCAACGCCUUUGUCUGCCUGUGCUUGCCCAGCUACGGAGGGAGCUUAUGCAGCCGAGACACAGAAGGCUGCGACCACAUGUGGCGUAAAUUCCAGGGUCACUGCUAUCGCUACUUCACCCAUCGGCGCGCAUGGGAAGACGCGGAGAGGGAUUGCCGCCGUCGGUCAGGACACCUCACCAGCAUCCAUUCCUGGGAAGAACAUAAUUUCAUUAGCAGUUUUGGACACGAGAACACUUGGAUCGGCCUCAACGAUCGCAUCGUGGAACAGGAUUUCCAGUGGACGGACAACACCGGAUUGCAAUACGAGAAUUGGCGUGAAAACCAGCCAGAUAAUUUCUUUGCCGGUGGCGAGGAUUGCGUGGUGUUGGUGUCCCACGAGACUGGGAAAUGGAACGAUGUCCCGUGUAACUACAAACUUCCGUACGUCUGCAAAAAAGAUACAGUGCUGUGCGGGCCUCCCCCUCUGGUGGAAAACGCGUCCCCCGUCGGAAAGAAGAAGGAGAGGUACAGCGUGCACUCGACCGUCCGAUACCAGUGCGCAGAGGGCUUCCUCCAAAGGCACAUGCCCACCAUCAAAUGUCACGUCAACGGCCUGUGGGAGAACCCCAAAGUCCUCUGCACAAAACCCAGACGGUCGCACAGAACCCGGCGGCACCAUCGUCACCACCGCCAACGCCGGCAGCACCACCAUCGCAAAUCCCGCAAGGACCGGAGGAAACACCAGAAGCAGCGUCCAAAGCUGGACUGGGCAGAGGAUGGCAGCAACUACUUUUAACCUCUGACCCCAAUGGAAGCACAAGCUUUGACAUCCCCCCCCCCCUUCCUGUAUCUCCAGCCCCUUCCUCCCCCAUCUUCCUCCCGACCAUCCAGGAUGUGACGGGGUUUCCAUGUGUGAUGGGAAUGGCUGAUCGCCUUUCC